CAGCGGUGCACCUCAAGGACAGGACGGCCGAGAACAAGCUGCCGGGCGCGGUCCAGGUCGGGGAAAGGGAGACCAGUCUCAGCAUGGAAAAAUCCUGCCAAGACAAGGAAGAUCAGCCCCAGAGCGUGCCCGAGACGGAGGAGGCGCGGCCUCCGCUGCUGCCCUCUCCCGGGAAGCCGGCUCUGGAGGAGCCGUCUUCGGAGGAGCAGUCCUCGGAGGAGGAGUUCUUUCCCGAGGAACUGCUUCCCGAGCUCCUUCCCGAGAUGCUCGUGUCGGAGGAGCGCCCUCCGCAGGAGCGCCUUUCCAGAAAGGACCUUUUCGAGCAGCGCCCUGCCAUGGAGCAGCCUCCUUGCGGGGUGGGGAAACACAAGCUGGAAGAAGGAAGCUUUAAGGAAAGGCUGGCUCGCUCUCGCCCGCACUUUAGAGGGGACAUCCAUGGUAGAAAUUUAAGCAACGAGGAGAUGAUAAAGGUGGCAGAGGAGAUGGAAGAAAUGAAAAGAGUACGAAAUAAACUGAUGAUAAUGCAUUGGAAGGCAAGACGUAACCGUCCUUAUCCUAUUUAACUGUUGGGCCUUUACUUCUUUUUGCCUGGUCUAAGUAUUAACAUCCGAACUUGGCAUUUUCUUAAAUACCUUUCCCAUCUUCGUAUGUUUCAGUUUUGGCGUGACUUUAUUUUAGGUGUUUCGCUUGUAGCUGGCCUAAAAUUGACACUUCCCUCCUGCCAUCUGCAAGCCUUCCUCUUUCAAUCAUAAGUCUAACUCAUUUGCAUGGAAAGAUGUACAUUAUAUAUUGUGAAGUGAGAGGGCAAUUUUCAAAAAGUAUAUGUAGUGUCCCGUUUUUGUAAAAAAUAUAUUUAUAUAUUAAUAUACAAGGAAAAAACCGAAAGUAUAUAUGUCAGAAGCUUAACAGUGGCUACCUGUAUGUAUGGUAAGAUAAUGGGUGAUUUUUUAUUUUUUCAUUUUUGCUUUCUCAGAAUUUCUCACUUUUUCAAGGCAAACAUGUUUUACUUGUGUUGCAAAAAAAAAAAAGCAAAAAAACCCCAAAAACCAAAAAAAAAAAAAAC